AGCAGGGUUGGCAUCAUGUUGGCAUAAAAAUAAUUGAUGUCGUAGUAUCAUAGCAACAAGUUUAUUUGAUAAUUUUGUCAAACUAUUCUCCAUUCUCAUUCAAAAAUAAAUUUUAAAAUGUCCCAAAAUCCUGCAUUUAUCGCUGAUAAGGCCAAGGAAAUAGUGCUCGAUUUACUGCCAGUGAAGUCUCGUGCAAUUUAUCAAAAGGAGUAGAUAUGAUGUUUUUGUCGAAUGGAAGCACAAACAUGCAGUACUCGUUGUGAAUGAAGAUGUUUUACUGAAUUAUUUACACGAAAAAUCACAAACUUCCAAACCAUCGACAGUUUGGUCAAAAUAUUCCAUGCUGAAAGCAGUAUUAAGCGUUAAAGAAAAUAUUCAGAUAGAAAAAUUUCCAAGGGUUAUUGCUUUUUUGAAGAGGAAUUCAGUUGGUUAUGAGCCUAAAAAGUCUAAGGUAUUGUCCAGAGAAGAGAUCGAUCAAUUUUUGGCUACGGCUAGUGAUGAAGCUUAUUUACUCACUAAGGUUGCUCUUGUUAUCGGCCUUUGUGGAGCGUGUAGAAGAGAAGAAUUGCACUCUCUACGAGUGCAAGACAUCAUACAAAAAGACGACAACUGCCUUCUAGUAACUCUAGCUGAUACAAAGACUAAUAUAAAAAGAGUGUUUCCGGCGGUGGGCGAAGGAAACGUGGUCAAUCCAGUUGAGUUAUAUGGAAAAUAUGCUCGUCUUCGACCAAAAAAUGUACCACAUGAUUACGUCUUCAUCUCUUAUCGCAAAGGAAAAUGCACGGUGCAACGCGUCGGCAUUCACUCAUUCGGAAAGAUGCCUUCGCUUGUAGCAGCAUUUUUAAAGCUGCCGAACUCAAACGAAUAUACAGGUCAUUGUUUCCGACGUAGUGCUGCUACUCUUGCUGCAGAUGCAGAUGUGUAUCUCACAUCGCUGAAACGCCUAGGAGGUUGGAGAUCGUCCACAGUGGCGGAAGGUUACAUAGAAGAAUCUAUUGAAAAAAAAAAGAAAGUUUGCAAAAUGCUUAUGGGGGAAAAGUAAAUCGUAACUACUUCCACGGAUGUAUCUCCAAGUACAUCUUUCGCAUUUGCUCCACCUCAUGAGAAAGUAGAUUUACCUGACAUGGAAAAGGAGUAAUUUCGUUUACUGAUACCAGCUUUCAACAUGCAAAAAAUUGUUCAUUCCAUUUUCAUUUAUCUAAAUAACUUUCCAUCCGACCAAUUAUUAUUAGAUUUGUAAGCUUUUGAUAUUGUUAGUAUAGAUAAAACAAUCAAAUAUUGGUAACGGUUUUAUUUUUUCGAAUUUAGACCUAACAAAUUUUGGAAUAGUCCGUAAAGGUUGCUAUGACAACUUUUAGGGACUAGGCCGAAAAAUGGGCAUUUUACGGACUCAAAUGAGUCCGUAAAAUAGGUAUUUUUGGGAGCGUAUGACAAAAACAUUUUUAUUUAGCGGAUGAAUUGAAACCACUAAAAAACCUAACAUCCCUUUCUGAGAAAGCAAAAACUACUAGAAAACACACUAAAAGAAAUCCAAAACAAUGUGGAACAAUUAAAUCAAGAAACCCGGGAAGUAACUGCAAAGCGCCUACAUAUGCAGACAUUACUGCUCUCCAAAACAAAAUAGAAACCAUCAAGUCCAAAACAGAAGCAACCAAUACAAGAAAAAACAGCCCAGAAAUGGAAGUGACAAUAUCCGAGCUUAUAGAAAGAGAAAAAAGAGCGAGUAACAUUCUUAUUUUUGGAAUGGACGAAUCCAAAGCCCAAAACUAUGAAGACAGAAAUAAGGAAGAACUUGAAACUGUCAAGCAACUAAUUGGAAACAUUGAGGCUCAAGCCACUUUGGGAGAAAUCAGAGUUUUAAGACUUGGUAAGUUUGACCAAACUAAAAUAAAGCACCUCCUUAGCAAACUGGAAACUCGAAAAUCAAAUGAACCAAAUCUUAAACUAAAAUACAUCGGUGGAGUGCCAAAGCUUAUUGCAAGUAAAGUUAACCACAAACCUAACCAUCAAACCCAACAAAAAAAACUAAGAAGUCCGCUUACAGACAUAAAAUUCUUUUACACAAACAUUUCAUCCAUUCGUCCCAA